ACCUCGUCCUGCCUCCUUCACCCUGGAAGCCGUUGACGUCACAGCAACCGGAAGAGCCGUUACCUGGCCGGUGCAGGGGGUCUGCGGAGGGCGCGAUGCUCUGCAGAGGACUGGGAGCCGCAGUCGGUAGUGAGAGGCCGCCUGCUGUGAUGGGGAAGCAGCCUGCUGUGCGGCGGGUGAGGGGUUAACGGAAGCAGCUGACAGCUCGCGGCAUGAAUAUGUAUAAGGGGGGAUGAUCACGUGUCCCGCCCGUCACCCGCCCCCCUCACACCCUGCAUCAUCCUCUGCAGAGCCGGCACAGACCCCGGAGCAGCGAGCGGUCGUGGGAAGUGAUUGAGAAGCGUCAGAAGAUCCGCGGGGCCCCUUCUGCCCCCCACCCUACAAGGACCCGCUCUACAUGCCCCUGCAGCUGCUGACCAUGAAUUUCCGCAGUCACCGGCUUCUACGCCGCUCGCCGCCCCCACCCCCGACUCUCUCCACUAAACCCACGGCGGUGGGCGGAGUCUCCAGCCUGGGCAGCAUAGCGCAGAUCAGCCCAUGCCUCUACCUCUCCAGCGGGAAUGCGGCGGGCAGCCGCCACCUAGUCUACGCCCGCAACGUCACCUGCAUCGUCAACGCCACCCUGGAGAUCCCCAACUCCAACUGGCCGGAUGUAGACUAUGUCAAAGUGCCCGUGCCCGACUUACCGCACGCCCCCCUCGCCCUUUACUUUGAUUCCGUGGCCGACCGCAUCCACCAGAACGGGAAAAGGAACGGCAGGACACUGGUCCACUGUGUGGCGGGGGUCAGCCGCUCGGCCACGCUCUGCAUCGCCUACCUGAUGAAGUACCACCGCCUGUCCUUGCUGGACGCCCACCAGUGGGUGAAGACCAGGAGACCGGUGGUCCGGCCCAACGCCGGCUUCUGGCAGCAGCUGAUUCAGUACGAGAAGAAGCUCUUCGGCAAAAACACGGUCAGGCUGGUGCCGUCCCCGCUCGGCCUCGUCCCAGACAUAUACGAGAGGGAGACCCGCAACCUGAUCCCCGUCUGGGGCUUCAGAUAAAGACACUGCAAGGGUUAAAGGACAAUCGCUGGUGCUACAACGUAUCCGGCCCCCCAAGACACAGUGGACACUUUGAAACCCCUCCCCCACUCACCCUUAAAGGGCCACUCCAGUUCUGGCACUUUCUGAUAGACUUAUCAAGAUCUCUGUUUGUGGUCAGUGAACGGAAACUUUGUUACAGUGUAUGUUCGGAGACAAUUGUGAGAAGUAUUGGGUGUAAAGCAUGGCCGCCGUCUGGAGCCGCCCACCUCUGCAGCAGUUUAGCGAGAUGAAGUCGGCGCAAAUUCAGUAGAUUCCACCCAAAACUGGUCUAAACAGCUUGGUAAACGUGGGCCAGUUUUUCCGUUCACUGACAGCAAACAUGGAAUGACUGGAGUCUGCGCGCCACCAGAUACAGUAGAGGUUAUUGUAUGAAGGGCGGGGCGCGCGUCCGCUUACCGGCACAGAUUGCGGGGCGCAGCCCCUUCCCUAUAGCGACCUUAUUUUCGGGGCGAUAGUGUAUAUUUCUAAAUAAAAUAAUUUUAACAA